AUGAAUGUCAUUUCACAUGUUGCAGUUCGAGAGACGCAAUGGGCAGCAAGGAAGCGUAAGAUUGCCAUUCGAAAAGCCCAGGGGAAAAAUCUUGAGGCCAUCCGAGAGCUGAAUGAGUAUCUGGAACAAUUUGUUGGAGACCAGGAAGCUUGGCAUGAACUUGCAGAACUUUACAUCAAUGAACAUGAAUAUGCAAAAGCAGCCUUCUGCUUAGAGGAGCUUAUGAUGACGAAUCCACAUAACCACUUAUAUUGUCAGCAGUAUGCUGAAGUUAAAUAUACUCAAGGGGGGCUUGAAAACCUAGAGCUAUCAAGAAAAUAUUUUGCACAAGCACUGAAACUUAACAACAGAAAUAUGAGAGCUUUGUUUGGGCUUUACAUGUCUGCAAGCCAUAUUGCUUCCAAUCCAAAAGCAAGUGCAAAAAUGAAAAAAGAUAAUAUGAAAUAUGCCAGCUGGGCAGCAAAUCAAAUAAAUAGAGCCUACCAGUUUGCAGGUCGCAGUAAGAAAGAAACUAAAUACUCCCUGAAAGCAGUGGAAGACAUGUUGGAGACCCUGCAAAUCACUCAGUCUUAGGUUGGCACAGAGAGGUCCAAUAUUAAAUUUUAAGAUUCUUUGAUCAAACUUUAAUAACUUCUGGGUUAUGUUACUCCAGUACUGUUAAAAAUUAAUUUUGUAUUGAUUAAUGUGGCUAUCUAAAAUAAUGUUUUCUGAGAAGUAAAAUGCCUAUUUAUUGCUGCUAUCUGAAAUGUGAUGAUACCCACUGAAAUGAGUAACUUAUCAAAGUAGAUGACAUAAAGAAAUGUAAUGAGUUGCACAACAGUCUCUUUAGAUUUUGUAUGUACAGUACCUGCUUUUAAGCCAUAAUUUGUAGAAAUAAACUUGUUAAAUGACUAAAAGGAAUUACAGUGAUGUAUUGAACUUGUCAAUGGAAGCUACAAAUUUAUAUGGAGAUUAAUAACAUAUGUUAGAAAAUGUUAUCUUACUUGAAUAUUUAAGAGUUAAAGCAUGCUACAGAUGUAUAAUUUGUUAACUAUUUACCAUACAAGAAGAGAUUAUUUUGCAUGAAUACACUUUAUUAGAGGAAAACAUUAAUGAUUUUAUGAAUUAUUUGAUAUCUGCUAUUGUAGAAAUGGAGAGAACUUUUUGUAUACUUUUCUUCAGAGGGUCUCCUGUACUGGCUUACGGCCAGAGACAUUUGUCUCUGUGGCUUUCUGGGCAAAUGCUUCCAUGUCCACUUAGUUCUCCACCUAGUAAAUAUAUGGGGUUUUUUGUUUGUUUGUUUUUGUGUUUUUUUUUUAACUCCUUUUGUGUGUCCUUUGUUGUACACAUGUUCCACAUCAUGAAUUUAAAAAGCAUCUGAAUACAGGGACUGCCUGCUGGUCUGUUUCAAUUUUACAGUACCUACAGUACUGCUGUAAACUAUGGCAUAUGAGCUCCUCUACAGUAACCAGGUGUACCCGCAGUGUAAGGAUGAGACAGGUUGUUCUACUGCCUUAUACUUAUGGAAAAUGCAAGUAUUUUUACAUCCAUAAGCAUGAAAGAUCUAGUGCACUGUAAACAUGUGUCAUAUUUGUCUUUUAGGAGCUUGUUUGUUUACUCAGAUAACUAGCCAGCCACCUUAAUCCAUGCAUUUUGCAGUUCUGGUACUUUUGACUUGUGCUCCUUCUGUGGCACAGCUAUCAUUUAUGACAGCUUCAGUCAUGUUACGUAACAGCAAUGUAAGCCUGACGAUUCGAAUAAAAAUAAUUGCAAUGUCAUUUUCCUGAUUGUUGCUAGCACCCAAACUGAUCAGAUCUCCGAGUUUACACUGCCUCCUCUAUAUAGGUUAAAGUCUGUGCAUUGAAAUGUCCAUUUUAUAGCCUUGGGAUUGGAGUAAUAAAGCCGAGCUCUUGCUUAAAAACAAAGUGUCGACAAAAACUUCCCCUGCGAGUUCAAAUCUUGAAAAUGGUGGUUGUAUGAAUUCAUGCCUUUGGGAAACAUAAGAUCUCAUUCUUAGUAUCUAUGAAAUACAUUAUUAGCAGUGAAUAUAAGAGUGUGACAGGGUGGGUGCUAUGACCUGAGAGUAAAUUGUGUCUAGAAUCCUACAUUAACUUGUUUCAGUGCUUAGGAAUUACAAAACUGCUAUUACUGUGCAGUAUUAUUAUUAAAUUACCUAGUUUUAACCUAUAGAAAUUGUAUAACGUUAUUUUCAGGUCAGUUAGUGAAUUAAUGUUUGCAGAUAGAUUACGUAUAUUUCAGGUGGAAAACCAAGUAAAUCUCAUACGUGAAGCUAUGUGCAUUUCCGUUCAGAUUUCUACUCUUUUACUGUAUGAGUGUGCCAUCUAGAGUUUUAAAUCCUCAGUAGUCUUGUUUUUAUUUUACCUACAUCUCCAAUAAUUUGGUUGCAUUCUAAAAUGAAAAAUGAUGGGAAGCUGUACUGUAGGAAUCACUUAGACUAAGAAACAGUUCAGUAACCAGAGUUUAUUCUGUACAGUUGGUAUUUAGCCUCCUAUUAUAUUCCCUUCCUAAAUGUAAAUAUACAUUUACAAAAUAAAGGGAAUAUUCAGUAAAAAUCUGUGUUUUUUACUGGGAGUGUUACAGUAGACACUGUAGCACAAAGAAACUUAAGUUGAUCUUUUGAGUUUGAAGUGUAGUAGAAGAUACACGUUGUAAAGCUUCACAUUGAGAGUUAUCAAACUGAUUUGUAUAAAGUGAUUAAUGCUACUGAAGUAUUUUACUGUGUGGAAUUUGUAAUGAUGAACAGCUCACAUAUAUUUGUCACUUACACAAGGAAUUUGAAUUAUGCAGCUGAGGUUUAUGAGAUUUUAACUCCAAGGUACCGAAUUAUUGCGCAGCAGGCAACUGAGGUGCUGGAAAGUGUUGUAUCUCAUGCUUUAUUCAGAGGCAAUUUAUAACAAGGAAUUUAAAAUAAAAUAAAAGGCUGUGCAUUGUUUCAGUUAACAGAAAAAAACUUGAGACCUUUGCAAUUAUUAGUGUGUAGCAAUGAUUUAAGGCUUUACUAUUGUGCCUUUAAUAGUAGGCUUGAUGUGGGGGGCUAAGUCUUAUCUGUUGAAGUACGGGUUGUUGAAGUGCUAGCAAAAGCUUUGGUUCAGCAUUUGUAAUACAAAUUUCUGGUGACUUUUUCUGGUCUUUUUGCCUGAAUGUUAUACAGUUAUAUUCUCUUGUCGAAAAAGUACUUGUUUAGAAUAUAUCCCUAAAUCUCUGAAAUUUGGAGCCCAGAAUAUCUUGCAGUUGCUAUUGGAAACUCUGUUAUUAGUCAACGGAGGACUUCCUCUUGGCAGCGUUGUAUUUGUGAUGGCAUCCAUGUUUGCUAGUCACUGCAUUUACAGUGGAACUUGUAUUUCAGCCAGCUUCAGAAGGGAGUGGGAAAGGAAAGCAAAUUAAACUUGACUUACUGGCAUGAAAUUGUUAGCUUCUUGUUACUUGCAGCCUCAUCUUCCAAGAACACCAACUGUAGCUGUAAUCAGGUUUGCAGAAAUAAUCCUUCUUGUAACUCAAGAGCUUCCAUAUAUUCAGCUGUAAAACCGGCGCUCCAUUAAAAUCUAAAAUAUACCAAUUUCAGUUAAACAGUGCUGUGCAGUGUGCACUUAUGCUGGAACUGGUGGACAGAGCAGAACAGCUCUCUCAACCUCACUCAUGUUAGUGUUGGAGUAGAGGAGCAUCAGAACAAUUGUUUAAUGUUGGGACUUUUUUUUCUAGGAAACUAAUACUACUCUAAACAGUGUUUCAAGACAUAACAUUACUCACAUUGCUGACUGCUUGAACAGAACUUUAGGACUAUUAUUUAAUCACAGAUAUUUGAGUCUUUGUGGAGAAUAAAGUACUUGAUAUUAAUCUUAUCUGGAAUGACUGUGGACCCACAGAGGCCUGUAUCUUCUUGAUAGGCACCAGCUGGAAGUUAGAUUUAAUCCAGAAGCUAGUUUUCAGAAAUCGACAGUAAUCUACCUGCCUCUUCAUGAUCAAACAAACAAAAACUCAGAAACACCCCAAAAAAUCACCCAUGUCUGGUAAAGAGUUGUUUUCCAAUUGCUGAAUAUGAAAUGGAAGACCUUUAUCCAUAAAUUUAGUAGGUUAUUUUAAUUUAAUUUGUUCUGUGAUUAGAAAACUUUCCCUUCAAUAUAAAGUAGCAUCAACCUUUGAACACUUGCCUAGAAUGCAGAACGUCUAGAGAGCAGUGCAAGGACUUGCUCAGCCUGUGUGCCACACUAGGACUCUAUAACAAGUCUGAAAGAAAAUGUCAUUCAUCUGUGUUUAGGAUCCCACAAGUGAGUAUUCCUGGUGUGCAGGCAUCUGUCAGCUGACAAGAGCUGAAUAAGACCAGACCAGUACAGCCCAUCUGCAGGGUGGGUGGCCAGAGCCCUAGCUCCUGAAUCUUCACCCAGCCAUUGGCAGGGUUGCACAUCAGCAUCAAUCUGCCUGCGGGAUUCUGCCCUUCUAGAGACCUUCAUCAGCAUUUUACUUCUAUCCCCCUUGGCCUCCACUUGAUAGGAUUCUUGCAGAUGAUUUAUGCUGAUGUGCAACCUUACCAGUUUUACUGGAAGGUGCCGAGGUGUGAGGGUAGAGUUGAAUCAUUUUGCUGAAUAGAUCCUGGAUCUUUAAAGCUUUUGCACUUUCUUAACUUCAGUGCAUUGAGUUAUUAGUGCACACCUAAGGGUCAGAACAGAACCAUUUACCUUGGACUGAAAGGACAUCAAGCAACAAGACCUGUCCUGUUAAACAUCUGCAGUCUGCUUAGCUUGUUAUGGAUGCUUGAUAAAGAAUGUCAGUGGAUUUUAUCAUGCUGAACCAUGCGCAAAUGUGUAGCAAGAUGUGUUGUUUGUGGUGUCUGUAGUUUAGUUCUUGCGAUCACUGGACCGUCUGCUGUGUGUGAGAGAGCAUGGAGUGAAAACUUAGUGAAAACAUUUCCAGAUGGGAAGCCCUUUGUCCAAGGUCAGAGAGACAGAUGAAGGGGCACCUUUUCGGUUUGCAUGAGUCAGCGUAGCUCCAGUAGUUCUCUUUCCUGUAAAAGAUCACAAAGAUUGCUACAUUUUUGUAUGGCGUAAAUAGUGGAAGAGCUAAGACUGUAUUUAAAAAAAGAAAUCCUGAAAAAAAUCAUUGUACUCCUCUUAGUUUAGCUGUUUUCAGAGUGACCUUGUUGAUGUUAGGAUUUGUCAUGCCAUUUGGCUAGCACAGAGGCAUCCGCCUCAGGGCUGCCAGUGCAGAAAGACACGUUUAGAGUGACUGUUCUCUUGGGAAAAGUUAUUGAUGGGCUUCCAUCAUUGCAGGUCAUGACCUAUUUGCAUUGGCAAUAGAAGCACUACUUGCCCCAUUGUCAGUACUUGCUUAAAUAAGAUUCCUCUUAGGAUUAAGGCCAGUUUUCCCUAAAGAACGAGGGAUCUUUUCCUCAAAUGUAAAUGGUUGUAUUCUGUAGCAAGAUUUUAGCUUUUGGACAUGGUGUUUGGAAGUGAAACUUUAAACCAGGCAGAUGUAGUCCUCCGGGGAAGAGGCUGCAAAAAUCAGCACUGAAGCAAUUUCAGAAAAGUGAGCAGCAAGUAAAAUUAACCAUUACUUGUGUUUAUUUAGGUAAUUGAGCUUGACACAGUGGUGUGUCUGACAAGUUGGUUUGUGUUUUUUAUUCCAUUAAAUACAGAUAUGACACUCAAAGCUGUCAUUGGCCAUCUGAGACAGAUUGUUUCAGUUUAGACUUUGGAAAUCAGUAAAUGUGAAUAGAUCGCCACGUGGGCAGCAGCAUAACCAGAACACUUCUUCUGGACAGCUGUUGGAGUAUGUUUUGUUUCUUAGAAUCAAGAAUGAAAAACAUGAAAAAAAUAUUAAUGGGUCUAUUGAAAGUCAGUAAAUGCUAUGUCCUUUUUACUCAUUUACAUUUUCUUCAUUGAAUAAUUAUGGGUUGUUUGGGCAUUAUUUAUUGGCAUGCUUUAUUGUAAGCUGGCAAUAUAUUUGAAAGAUUCAGAGGCAGAAUGAAAAAUCUGAAAAUAAUGUAAAACCUUGGACUCGCUGACUGAAGUUGAGAUGAAUUAUUUGUAAAAUGAACACAGAAUUCCUGUUUUGAACAUAUUAAGAACAUUUAGUGAAUUGUAACAAUGUUCUAAUUGUAGCCAGGCCAAGCUUUUUGAUCAAAACUUCCCAGAAAUGUGAUGUCUGUAUGGAGCCAAAAACUCUAAUAAGCGUUUAAGUAAACUUUGAUUUAGUUACGUGUAGGCCCCACCCAGCCUAAGGAAAAAGCUUUUGCUAAUAUGGAUAUUUUAUUCUUCUUGGGAAGCUCCCAUAUUCAAGUAACAUUGAGCCUGAUUAGUCAUAUGAAAGAAGUGAGUGCACCUAUUAUCAGCGUAGUUUCAAGGAACAACAAGGGUUUUCCAAACGCAGACUGUCUUCUUAGUAAAGCAGAGAUGUAAAUGUGGUCAUUUGGGAACAAAUUUAAGAGAGGAAAUCGAUAGAUGAUGCCAUCAUCUUGUGAGGGAAUUGGAUGAAGAAGUCUAGCGAGAGAUUUAUGUGUUUUUCCUCAGACUCCUUUUUGUAAAGUCUGCUGGAGAAAAAGCCCUCUGCAGAGAAGGUUCAUUUAGAUUGGCUGCAUUUCAGCUAUUUAACUAUUUAACAGAAAGUGAAUUUUGACAAGUGCCAAUCCGACAGACUGAUGAGCAGCUGAUACUAGUGCAGGAUCAGGAUCCUCUUUGGGUUCCAAGCAGAGAGCACCUGGGCCAUCUGUAGCUGGGUGGUGGGGCUUGCCACCCUGCUCUAACAUCUGCCUUUAGGACAUGAGCAACCUUUUACAAUGUCCUUCCAGUGCUUCCUUGUGCUGUACAAUAUUCUGAAUAACUUUGUUUAUAACAUGAAUAGUGCUUUAAAAAAAAAAUUUAAAAAAUUGAAUGAUUUGCUGGUUCAGAAGGUAUUGAUAAUCUGAUUUAUUCACACCAGCUCUAGCCAAUGUACGUACAAACUUUUUUUUUUUUUGUGUAGCUCAGAGGCCCUAUUUCUCAGUAUUUAGACAACAAAGUAACGGAUUGAAUUCUUAAAGUCAUAGCUUCCAUUUGGCCUUGCUUGCACAUUUUUUAUUUCAUUUUUUGAGAAUCAGACCACAUAUUUAAGUGCUUAAGUGCUUAGACAUGGAUUUGAUUCUUAAAUUUAGGCACCAGCUUUUCUUUUUUCUCCUAAUCUUUCAUUUGCCAGACUCUUAAAUGGAAGCAUGAUGAUAGUUUUCUAAGAGUCCCUGGCUGUGUAUUUGUAAACUAUUGAAAAAUACCUUUUUGUUUAUGGCCAUAUACAUCUAUACAUUGAAUCACAGGAAGAAAGCAGCAGAUGUGGUAGGUGAUUGAUACAAUGAGAACAACAUUUGGAUCAAAUUAAUGCAAGGACAGCUGUGAAGACUGAAAUGAUAGAUUUUAAAGAGGUAAAAUUCUGCUUGAAAUACAGAAGUAACAAAGUUUGUGCUGUGACAGGCUCUGGAGCCACGUGGUCAUUUCUUCAUGCUCCUUCCAUUGCUGCAGCCUCUUUCCUGUUAUCUCCCACUGGUAACAUCUUUUGCUGUGUUUUCUGUGGGGCAGGAUUUCUGUUAUUAUGCUGUGACCAUCCACGACAUACCCAAGAACUGAGAAGUGAUAUCUAGCCACUUCAGGGUGAUUGUUUUCCCUGUUAUUUUGUUUUGUUUCCAUUUCAGUGAUGGGCAAGGACUUGGGGCGUAUUCUUUGGCAGUGAACAGAAAAUAUCAGAAGGCUGCCAGAUGUUGGCAAUCUUCACCUAUUUCUGAUCAUUUCAAGUAAAUGAAACAAAGGGACAGAAGACACUGGGAGGAUGCCUGUCUGCAGUCAGAUCCCAAGUGGUCUGCAGGAGGUAUUGGAGCUGACUCGUCAGUUCUACCACAGGGCUGGAAUGGAGGGGAGCAGGUCUUCUCACUUUGACCUCUCUCAAUAAAGAAGACUAUUUAAAUGGGAAAUGAUAUUAUUAAGGACUGGCCAGAAUGCAGGAAUUUUGUUUUACAACAAAAUUGAGGUUUUACUUUUGUUUUUAUUUGACAUCAGAAAAAAAAAAAAAAAAAAAAGAA